AUGUAUCGAAAGCAAUUUAUUGAUUUAUUAAGUAAAACCGGUAUUUUAACUCCAGCUGGUAUUGCAAUCGAUAUGUUACGUCUCUUAUAUGAAGCUAAUCUUAAUGAAGGAGGAAAAAAGCAUGAAGUUGAUGUAGAUUUAACUUUGGGAAACGGCGGAUUAGCUAUCCGUGGAGACAGUGAUCUUGAAACGGUAACAAAAGGUUUAAGAAAAGUCAUUAUUGAAGGUUAUAAUGUUAACUUGGCCCGUCUCUUACUUCCUCGUGAUAACAAAAAAUAUAGUCGUGAUGAUGACGAGGAUGAAGAUAAAAGUAUUUAUCUUAAACAGAAGGCUGAUCCUCGACUUGAUAAAAACCUGACCAUUCUUGAAUUUAUAUUAGCUUUUACUCGUUAUUUGAAUAUUGUAUGUGAAGCUUUUCCUCAACGUCGUCGUGAAUUGACAGCUUAUAUGUCGGAUAUAAUUCGAUUAUUUUCUCGUUUUGGUCAUCCUUUCUUUUAUGAUUAUUAUCGGUUAUUUGCUCAAAAAACCAAAUUCAUGUUGCAAACACGUAAUAUUUUAGUCGAUUGGUCCAAACGAGACCAUGAUAUUUAUUUUAAUGUCCUUUCCGGUUUACAACCGAUUGUUUGUGAAUUAUGUCGCAGUGGUGGAGAUGCUAAAUAUGAUUCUCCUUCAACUUUUAAUUUUUACAAUGGGGCCGGUUUUGUAAGCAGUUGCUGUAUGAGCGUUCCGCUUCUAGCAACUACAUCAAUUGAUAUUGAUCGAUUAGAGCAAGAACUAGCUGAUCAUCCUGAUAAGGAAUUUACUUCAUUCUUGGUGUCGAGUUUACGAGAAGGUUUUGAUAUUGAUAUUUCCAUUAUACCUAACAAAUCAUUUGAAUGUCUCAAUUUACGUUCAGCACAUCAUGAUCCAGAAAAUGUUACUCGUUUAGUUGAAGACAAACUUAACAAAGGUUUCUUAAUUGGUCCAUAUCGCACUCAAUCUUUUUGA